AUGUCAACGGCUUUCCUCGUGGACAGUCUACUCCAUGCCCAGCAGACCUACACGGAAAGUCAGCUAAAGUCAAGUAUUAGUGAAAUGCUCCUAUCGCGACGUGCUGCCGCGGCUGCUGCUGCCGCCGCUGCUGCUGCUGCUGAAUCGGAAUCAUCCGAUCCGGUUAACGCGACCGAGGAACGUUCCGAACACUGUGGCAAUUGCUCCAAACGUGGUGGCUACAAUAAGUGUGAUAAGUGUCGUGAGAAUCGUUCUGAAAGUGUUGACAGUAUUGAGGAAAUGGAUGACGAUGAUGACUCCUCGGCGGAUGAGAUUGUCGCCGACAUUGGCAGUGUGGAUGAGGAGGCCCACAUUAUGGAUGAUGAGGAAAUGGAUGAUGAACUUGUUGAUCCAUCCGAUGACAAUGAGUCGGCAAUUAAACUGCCCAAAGUGGAGCCCAAAGAGAACAACAAUACCACAGGCGUUGGGGCAACAACCAUACUAAAGGAUAACAAUAGCAAGCCCAUACUAAAGUUUAGUGUUUCGGCUAUUCUCGGUGAUACCAGGGAGGGAGUGCGUGUUCGAAAUGAAUUUAUGCAACCGCAGCAUAUUUGGCCUUAUCUACAACAAAACUUUAUGCAACAGCACACACAUCAAUAUCAUCAACACCAUCAGCAGCAGCAGCAGCAUCCCCAUCCCCAUGGCCAUCCACAUGCCCAUCCACAUCAUCCGCAUUCACAUCCGCAUCAUCACCAUCAUCAUCAUCAUCCACAUGCACACUUUCCGCAUCCCGCAUUUCUAACGCACCAGCAACAGUCACAUCAGCAGCAGCAGCAACAGCAGCAGCAGCAACAGCAGCAACCGCAUGGCAAUAGUUGUCAACCGCAAACCACAGUUACGACGGCCGCAUCCUCGUCGUCGUCACCUGGCAGCACAAUUAGUGAUAGCGACAACAAUCACAAUAAUAACAACAACAACAAUAACAACGGUAGCAUUGGCAGCAACAACUCUGGCCAGGAUGGGCGACCGCAUGAAAUUGGCAAUGGAGACACCGAGGACAACAACAAUCGAAGAUUAACGCAAGAAAAGCAACAGCAACAACAACAACAAUUGGUGGCUGGAGUUGGUCAUCCCAAUACCAAUCCAAAUCCCACACCACCACCACCACCUCCACCGCCGCCAGUUCAUCCGGUUAUUGCCAAACCGAUGCCCAGUCGUCCGACACCCUUCCUACCGCACACUCUUAAUCAUCCGCAUUUGCAUUCGUUGCUGGCACACUGCCGCAAUCCCUACAUGAGUGUGGGCGCCCAAGUGUUUCCCCUGCCACCUGGUCAGGGCUUCCCCUGGGCGCAUUCAACGCGUGGCAAGCCUCGUCGGGGCAUGAUGCGUCGUGCCGUCUUCUCAGAUUCGCAGCGCAAAGGUUUGGAGAAACGUUUCCAGCAACAGAAAUACAUAAGCAAGCCGGAUCGCAAAAAACUCGCCGAGAGAUUGGGCUUAAAAGAUUCUCAGGUAAAAAUUUGGUUUCAAAAUCGCCGCAUGAAAUGGCGCAACUCCAAGGAACGCGAACUUCUUGCCAAUGGGGGUUCACGUGACCAGACGCUGCCCAAUAAGAAUAAUCCCAAUCCGGAUUUGUCCGAUGCCAAAUGCGAUCGCCCACUAACCCCGCUAUCGCCCUCGCUGCUAUCGCCCAAUGGCAGUGCCUCACCGCCACCAUCUUCGCUUCCACCACUGCCAUCGAGUAAUGGAGGCAUCGUUGGGGCCAAGGAUGAACCGCCGGCAGCAGCUGUCACACCCAAAUCACCGCAAUCUGCCAGCAGCAGAAGCUCGCCCAGUCUCAUGGGUAGCCAUUCCUCGACUGGUUUUGGUCUUCAGCUCAGCUCUCCACCGCCGCUGUUAACCAGCAUUAAGAUGAAUGAUCAAUCGUCGGCCACACCGACACCAACACCAACCAUAACCACAACAUCGUCGGCAGCCUCCUCGCCGCCAGUUACCACAGCUGCUGAGUUUCAGGCCAAGAUCAAUGCUGAGAUGCAAAAGCAAUUGGUGGCCGCUGAUCUGAAAUUCAAACUCGAGACCAGCAUCCAGGAGGCCAAGCAGCGUCGCUUUGAGCAACUGCAGCAGCAAUUGCAUCAUUCCCCUCAUUUUACAGCCAUGCGGGAAGUGGAGUUGGCAGCAGCAGCUGCAGCGGCUCAACUGCAUCAUCAUCACCAGCAGCAGCAGCAGCAGCAGCAACAGCAGCAACAACAACAGCAACAACAACAACAGCAGCAGCAACAGGCUCCUCCGCUCCAGAGUGCGGAAUUCAUGAAACUCUAUUACGAUGACUAUGAUGACUCCAAUUCUGAUAGCGAUGAGGAGAUCAGUGUGACGUGAUUUCAAAAAUCAAGUAUAAUGAUUUGUAAAUAUAUA